AUGGACAAUUUAAAUGAAAAUAUUAAUACCAAUUUAAAAAGGGGAAAUUUUAUUGUAUUUGAAGGGGUUGACAGAUCGGGAAAAUCAACACAAUCAAAACUGUUCGUUGAAUAUCUCAAAAACAACAACAUCCAAGUUCAGCAUUUGUGUUUUCCAAAUAGGGAAACCACAAUUGGAAAAAUAAUUACUAAUUAUUUAAAAAUGGAAAGUACCUUUUCAAAUGAAACAAUUCAUUUAUUAUUUUCUGCAAACAGAUGGGAAAUGAUGGAUCAAAUUAAAAAUCUACUUAUAAAUGGGGUAUGGGUUAUAUGUGAUAGAUACGCAUAUUCUGGAGUAGCAUACUCAUCUGGAGCCUUGAAAUUGCCAAAAGAGUGGUGUAUGAAUCCAGAUAAGGGUCUCAUAAAACCUGAUGCGGUUUGUUAUUUGAACCUCCCCCCUACUCAUGCAAAAAACAGAUCGGAAUAUGGUAAAGAAAUUUAUGAAAAGUUCGAAAUUCAAAAACGAAUUUAUGAAGCAUAUGAACAUUUUUCUAAUGAGGAUUAUUGGAUAAACAUAGAUGCGACAAAAAGCAUUCAAGAAAUACAUAAGACCAUAGUUGAAGAAAUUUCAAAAAGAUGCUCCUCCAAAAAAAAACAAUUUGAAUACUUAUGGUCUUAA